UCUAGGUAAGACAUUCUAAAUGUAGUAAUCUUACCGUUACAGUAAUGCGUCGGUGUGUAUAUAUGAUGAUCCGAUGCGCAAGAAUGCGCGAUUAUCUAUCUCCCCUGGUUGUGUUCUUCGCUUCCCAAUUAAGUCGGAAGCCUGCAUAGUGCAGUAGAAACUCGAUCGGUCGGUGAGAUGGCGGCGACGAGAGUUAGGUUUUGUCUUGCGUUGUUGAUGUUGGUGGCAUCGAUGGCGGCGUGGAUGAUGCCAUCUGCAGUUGCAGGAAGCAGGCCGCCCCCGAACUACGCAGAUGCACUGAGCAAGUGUUUGCUGUUCUAUGAAGGUCAGAGAUCCGGGAAGCUCCCACCCACGCAAAGAGUCACCUGGAGGAAGGACUCCGGCCUACAAGAUGGGCAAGAUGCCGGUGUUGAUCUGGUGGGCGGGUACUAUGAUGCCGGCGAUAAUGUGAAGUUUGGCUUCCCCUUGGCGUUCACCGGCACCGUGUUGGCGUGGAGCAUCGUCGAGUUCUCGGCGGAGAUGGGUCCGGAGUUGGUCCACGCUCAUGAGGCUUUGCGGUGGCUUACGGACUACUUGCUGAAAGCCACCACCCAACCCAACAGGGUCUUCGUCCAAUCAGGCGAACCCUUCAGUGAUCACAACUGCUGGCAGAGGCCCGAGGACAUGGACACUCCUCGCCCAUCCUUCCAAGUGAACGAUACCCACCCAGGCUCCGAGGUCGCCGGCGAGACAGCCGCUGCACUGGCGGCUGCCUCCAUCGCUUUCAGAUCAUCCGAUCCUGCCUAUGCCGACACACUGCUGUCGAGAGCAAAACAGGUCUACGAUUUCGCUUACAGAUACCAGGGUUCAUAUUCCGACAGUUUAGGCCAAUGGGUGUGCCCGUUCUACUGUGAUAUCAGUGGCUAUGAGGAUGAGCUGGUGUGGGGAGCAGCAUGGUUAAACAGAGCUACCAACAGCUCAGAUUACACGAAGCAUAUCAUCCAUGGCAUUCAGCAGAUCCAGACGCAGACGAAGCUUGGUGUUAAUGGCUACGACUGGCAGUUCUCAUGGGACGAUAAGGGUGCGGGAAACUACAUCCUCCUCCUACUGAUGCAGAAGUUAAAUCUUUUGUUGCAGACUGAUGAUGACUACAGUAGAUACGCCCAGAACUUUGCAUGUUCACUGCUGCCACAGUCUCCCUACAUCUCCACCGAAUACACUCCAGGCGGUCUCAUACACAAAGCGUCGAUGGCCAACUUGCAGGCCGUCACAGCUCUCUCUUUUCUUCUAGUCGUUUAUGGUCGGCAUCUCAGUAAUGUCAAAGGAACUGUUACGUGUGGUAACUCCCAAUUUCCCCCCUCAGCGCUUAUAGAUCUCGCCAAAAGUCAGGUGGACUACAUCCUUGGAGAUAACCCACUGAAUAUGUCGUACAUGGUGGGCUACGGCAACAAGUUUCCUCAGAGAAUCCACCACAGAGCUGCCUCUGUUCCCUCUGUUGACCAACACCCACAGCACCUCUAUUGCAAGGACGGGACACCGUAUUACGAAACCGACGCCCCCAACCCCAACUUGCUUGUCGGAGCCCUCUCCGGUGGACCAAAUGAUGGAUCCGAUGAAUAUUUGGACUACCGACCAUGGGCGAACCAAUCCGAACCUGCCACGUACAUGAACGCGCCCUUCGUGGGUCUAUUGGCUUACUUUAGCAGAUAUGGAUGAUUCCUUUGUACAUAAACUUCCUUUGUGGAAAGCCAGUAUCAUACAUUCCAAGUUAAAGAGAAUAUUAUAAGAUGCAUGCAAUGAUCGAAUGCAUGACAUAAUAAUGAUGCUUUUGCCCCUUUAUACAUUUGUUUAUUGAUAAAACAUCACAUCUCGGUUGAUUGAUAUAAAUCUAAUCUAAGCAUGCCUAAAUAUGAUUUGAGUCAAGAUUUGAUAGAGGUUAAGGUGUAGAUUAACCCUUAUGAACAUUUAUCAUUUGGGUGGUACACAUAUUAACCAAUCCCAACUAAAGAUAUGAUAGAAUGGUAUCAAAGCGAGUAAACAUUGAAUUAUCAUGUCAGGAUAGUGUGGCAAAACUGGCACUACUAUAUAGUACGGGCAACAAUAAUAUGUGGUCAUUCUAGAGAAAUAAGUAUUCAGCACAAAAACUAGCAAAGACGCUCAAGUGGUGUAUGGCAUUUGCAAUGAUGUUUCCACAAUGCAAAAGUUCUCUCAUGCAGAAGAGGCAAAAGUUGGCAACAUAGAGGCACUAAAAAAAGAGUGGUCGAGUUGGAGCUGUGGCUCGACCUUGUCAACUGAAAGUUGUUGAAUCUCUACAAAAGUGGGGAGCUUCUUGAGAUGGUAGAGUCCAUGCAAACAGGAUUGGAACCUUAAUUAGAUUGCUAGACAUUAGAGUCGAAAGGUUGACAAAUGACAUAAGAGAGUCUGUGCAAUACAUACAAGGCCAAAUAAGGAACUUCACAGCUCAAGUGUUAGGUACUCAUGCGAGUGGAGUGUCACGCAACCAUCUCUCAUUGAGAUUAAGGGCUCCUAAAAUGCAAUGCUACAAGGGUGCUUAGGAUAACAAGGAAACUUUCUCUUCGAAUUGGAAUAAUACUUAAGAGAGACCCAACCUAAAUCAAAAGCUUGCAAGGUGUUGUUAGCAAUGAUGUAUCUCAACUGUCAUGCAAAACUAUGGUGGCGUACAUGGUGGGAAGAAAUGUUGGGAAGCCAUGAAGAGGGAAUUGUAAACUCAAUUCAUGCUAGAGAACGCAACGUCCAUUGCAUGGUGAAACUUGCGACAACUUCGCUAAAUCUUGACUCUUCGAGAUCAUGUGAAAUAAUUUUAUAUAUUGAUACUAGACAUCCAAGGUAUGUCCAAGAAAGACAAUUUUUUGCUUCCUCAAUGGUCUAAAACUGUGGACUUAGCAGGAGUUGUAUUGUCGAAAUGUUCGUGAGCUAGCACAUGCAAUCACUAAGGCGAAAUGACUCAUAGAUUCAUCCGCAAAGAUGAUAGAGAAAUAACACUCAUCGGAGAAGGGAUCUUUGAAAGCUUAUAAAUAGGAAGAAUUUGAAGAAGAAAGGUGCUCCAACUGCACAUGGAUCCAGAGGGAACGUCCUAAAGUCUACCAAAUAUUUUUUGUGUGGUGGAAAGCUUCUAAGAAGGUUCACUAUAAGGAUCUCACAUUACGGUGAUGUAAUUGUCGAAUAUGUUGCGAGGUCACUAUAAGGAUCUCACAUCAGGGAGAACACUUUGUUCGUGAAAAGGGAGAAGUGCUACUUUGUUCAAAUAGAGAUUUUAUUCUUGGGACAUCGAAUCGAUGAUGACUCUAUUCGGAUGGACAAAUCGAAGGCGCAAGCGGUUGCAAAAUGGCGAACUCCAAAGAAGGUGUCAAAGUUGAGAUCCUUCCUUGGUUUCGUCAACUACUAUCGACGCUUCAUAACGGGGUAUUUGAAGCAUGCAACUCCACUGACGGAGUUGUUGGAGAAGGAACAGCCUUGGAGGUGGUCGGAUAAAUGCAAAGUUGCAUUCCAAGAUCCGAAGGUUGCUGUGUUGGAAGAACCGGUACUCAAAUUGCCGAACUAUGGAGAGCCCUUCGAAGUCCAUACAGAUGCUUCAGACUUCGCUAUUGGGAGAGUACUCAUGCAGGAGGGU